AUGGUGACUGUGAAUCAGAAAUGUGCGGUCUGUGCUCGCUUUACCACAGAGUUCAAUUAUAGUGUACCAUCCUGCAAUGCCUGUAAGAUAUUCUUCCGUCGUCUGAUAACUCGAACAAUGCCUAUAAAGAAGUGUUUCCUCGGUGAAUACUGUUUUGAACGAUCUCCGUACACACGAAAAUGUGCAGCCUGUCGGUUUCAAAAGUGUCUCCGGGUAGGAAUGCGCCUUCCUUCCUUUCUCCACCUCGGCGAGCAGAACAAAGAAAAGUGUCUGGACGGAAUUAUUCAGAAUUUGGAUAGUCUUAACUUGAAGCGUAAUGAUCUCACAUGCAACUAUCGUAACAACUUUUCAAAUCCAAGUAUUGAAGAAGUGAUCCGAAUGAAUAAAAUUGAUACGUUCAAAUAUCCGAUAAUCUUCAAAUGAGUCACAAACACUGGGCAUUCCACUGCUGCCUGGUUACUGUAGAUCACAUGAAAAAAUUUCCGUUUGUGAAUUUACUAAGAUAUGACGACCAGAAGUACAUUUUGAAAAAAUAUUUCAUAAGACUUAAAGCAAUUAUCGGAGCACAUCGAUCAAUGAUGUCUGGGAGAGAUCGACUGAUAUUCCCAGAUGGCUCCGAUGUUCUGGCUCAAGCUUAUUCGGAGUGGGACCUCACUACGAUCCCCUCACAUUUGAUCCAUAAAAUUCGAUGUCGACUAGUUGGGAGAAUAAUCGAGCUGAAGAUAACUAAUGAGGAGCACCUUUUAUUAUGCGUUCUUCUAUUCUGCAAUCCAGCUUCGCAACAACUAUCCCAAAACGGGAAGAUCCUUCUAACCUCCUACCAGAGCCUUUACAGCUCCGCACUCCUUCAAUACUGCCUGAUUACUUAUCAAAAGGCCGGACCAUCCAGGUUCACGGAGCUUCUAGGAAUCUUUGGAACUAUUGAAGCCCAUUACAAUGAUGUCGUCAGCUAUCAUGUUCUGGUACAGUUGAAUCAAUCAAAAGUGGAGACCAUGCAACUAGUCAAGGACGGAAUUGAAGGUGUCUACAAAAUGAUUACUGUAGUUCAAUACUGCCAUCUCAUAUCAAAAGAUCGCAUAUCAAAAAACUGGACCAUUCCGGUCACGGAGCUUUUAGUAAUCUACAAAACUAUAGAAGCACAUUACGAUGGUUUCGUCAGCUAUCAUGUUCUGGUACAGUUGAAUCAAUCGAAAGUAGAGAAAAUACUAGGUUACUGUAAGUUUUUAGCAUUUUAG